AACAACAAAACCCACACGAUGAAACUGGACCCCUCCUCCCCUUUCCGUUUUUCACGCUCUGCUGAGAGUACAUUCUAUGUGUUGGUACCUUUUUUUCGUUCACUUACACACAACACCCGAAAGGCGACUACCACCAUAGCACUACUAGACCUGCUGGGGAUGGGAUGACCACCAGUUACUUUAAUCGGAUUUUCAACGUUCCUCGAGACGGUCGUUUUUGUUUUUGAUGGGUGCCACGCGCGCGAUUUUUCCCAAAUGAAUGAUCUGUGUUUUGCUCUGUAACAUAAGGUAUUAAAACAGUCAAGGACCUUUUUGCAAGUGAUCGGUUGUAUGAGAAUUUUUUUUUCUUGUAUUUGGAUUUAUUGCAUCAGACCAGAAAACGGGUGUCCGUGAGCAGUGUUUUUUUUUUCUCGCCGUGGAUGAAGACGAAGAUUCCACCGUGUGUGACAAAUAGUAAGCGAAUUACUAGGAAUAUAUUACGGUGUAAAUUGUAUAAUAUUAUAAAAGAAAAAUCAUUACAAUGACAGUGCUAUCAAGUGUAUAAGUGGUAUAUAAGCCGAGAAGCCGAUAGUGAAUAGUUCCAAUAGUGCAAAGUGUCGCGGGUGAAUCGGUGCAUUUAACAAGCGUCCCGGCUCCCAACAAUGAGUCGUAAUCGCGCCAAAGGUGGCGCGACGACGUCCGUAUCGAAGAAACACCACGAGGAAUAUUUUGCGUCCUCCUCGGUCGCAUCCUCCGUAGCAGUCCACCAGAGCCUUAUGAAAGAUUUGAAGAUUACUUCCGGUCACAGCAGUGGCAGUAGCGGAGGAAGCAGCAGCCCUAGUAAACAUUCUUCCCGGCACCUGCAUCGUCCGCUGAAGGCAGACUACUCGGCGUACUACGAUAAGUACUAUCCGCAGCAGCUGCCGGAACAGAAGCGUAAGGGUGCCUGUGAUUCCAUUGAACCACCAGAUUUAAUCAAUCAGAUUGUGGCGGAUCAGCAGAGGAAGUUUUUGCAACAGGCCGCCGCUCGGAAAAAGCUGCUAGAACAGAACGCAGCGGUGAGCAGCAGUAGUAGUAGCUACAGUCACAACAGUAAGUAUCAUCAGGUUCGCGAAGCAGCAGUUAUCAUCGACUCGGAAGAUUCGGAUAACGGAGCUGGUGCCAGUGGCAACGAUAGUGGCAGCGAUGGCGAAACACAGCCUCACCGGGCACACCUUAAUAAACAACAGCUGGAACGAAAACACGAAAACGGUACCGAUCCCGAGGAGGAUGAUGACGAGGAGGACGACGAACAGGAGGAGGACGAAGAGCAAGAGCAAAAAAUGCCAGAAUCACCGAAAAAACGUAGUGAGAAAAGCAGUAGCAGUGUCAUCUAUAACGGAACUAUCAUCGAUAAGGACGGUCUGGAGAUGAUCAAGAUCUCCACCAUUAACACCAAAGUCAAACUUUGCGAGGAGGACAAAGUUACCAUAGAUGACUUCAAACUGCUAAAGGUUCUUGGAACUGGUGCGUAUGGCAAAGUAUUUCUGGUGCGGAAACUGGGAGGCGUCGAUCACAACAAGCUGUACGCGAUGAAAGUACUGAAGAAGUCCACAAUCUGUCAGAAGAAAAAAACGGCCGAACACACGAAAACCGAACGACAGGUCUUGGAAUCAAUCAAACGUUCGCCAUUUCUGGUAACGAUGCACUACGCCUUCCAGACGGACUCCAAGCUGCACAUUAUUUUGGAUUAUGUGAGUGGUGGUGAGUUAUUCACACAUUUGUACAACAAGGAACACUUCACCGAAGAUGAGGUGCGGAUCUACAUAGCGGAAAUUAUCGUUGCCCUUGAACAACUUCACAAGCUAGGAAUCAUUUACCGCGAUAUCAAGCUGGAAAACAUACUGAUUGAUUCCGAUGGCCACAUCGUUCUGACGGACUUUGGCCUCUCGCGGGAGCUGGUGUACGAAAACGAACGGGCGCACAGUUUUUGCGGAACCAUCGAGUACAUGGCUCCGGAAAUAGUAAAAUCCAACCAGAACGGUCACGACGCAUCCGUCGACUGGUGGUCUGUAGGAGUGCUCACCUUCGAACUGCUGACCGGCAGUUCCCCGUUCAGUUCCGAAGAACCCGCUACUCAAACGGAAAUCUCGAAGAAAAUCACCAACACCGAGGCGAUUAUUCCAGAGCAUCUUUCGCGCGAAGCGAAAGAUUUCAUCCGGAAACUGUUGGUGAAGGAUCCCCGGCGACGAUUGGGCGGUGGUACGGCCGAUGCUUCCGAACUAAAGUCACACAGCUUUUUCAAGUCGAUCAACUGGCGACUUCUGGCGGACAAAAAAAUUGCAGCCCCAUUCAAGCCGGUGAUCGAGGAUGAACUGGAUACGAACAAUUUCAGCGAUGAGUUUACGCGGCAAACACCGGUCGAUACGCCGGCAUCAGCGCCCCCGAACUCGGAACGGUUAUUCCGAGGCUAUUCGUACGUUUCACCUAAUUUACUGUCGGGUAAAGUCGUGGACAGACACAAGUACGUGAAAAACAAAAAUACGCGACCGUGUGAAGCGGCUGUGCGGCGGCAUAUAAGCAAGAGCUCAGCAUUUUACAAAAGGUACGAACUUCUGCCCGAUCAAGCCAUAGGCGAUGGAAUCUUUUCCGUUUGUUUCAAGUGUCGCCGGUUACCUUCAACUUCCGCCAGCAAUAGCAGCACGAAUGGCCACAACAACAGCAGUAAUAGUAGCAGUAGUAAUAGCAAUAGUAAUAGUAGUAGUAGUAGUGGUAGUGGCGGUGCUAGCAACAACAAUUACUAUGCAGUGAAAGUACUAUUCAAUCACCAGGAGACGGCUGGAUACGCCCGGAAAGAAAUCGAAGCCCUUAAGGCUUGCCAAGGUCACGCCAACGUGGUCAAGUUUGUAGAGGUGCUGAAGGAUUCGCAUCACAUCUACAUAGUGCUGGAACUGCUGGAGGGAAGCGAACUGCUGUGUCGAAUAAAUCAGAACAAAAGUUUUACCGAAAGCCAAGCGCGGCACUACUUCCGCCAGAUGGUGCAAGCGGUUGCGUUCAUGCACCAGAAGGGUUACGCCCACUGUGAUCUCAAACCGGAGAACGUGCUGUUCGAGGCACCCCAUUCGGAACAUCUGAAGCUGAUCGAUUUCGGUUUCGCAAAAAGUAUAGAAAAUAACAACUGCCUCACUUCGUCACCGAACGCUGGAACGCUCGGAUAUUCGGCACCGGAGGUGUUCGAGGGUCGAUCGUAUGCGCUGGAAUCGAGCGACCUCUGGUCCCUAGGCGUAAUACUCUAUACGAUGCUGUGUGGACAAGCACCGUUUACACCGCGACAAUUUUUCGGUCACGCGAAUCUCGCUUCGUCCGCCAAACAGAUGGAGAUCAUUAUGGAUAAGAUCCGUCGAGGUUCGUUCGAUUUGGCGUCCUCGGCAUGGGUAUGUAUAAGUGAAGAGGCCAAAGACUUAGUGAAACGAUUGCUGACGGUCGAUCCGGAUCGGCGAAUAACGAUGGAGCAGCUGCUCGUGCACGAAUGGCUCGAUUUGAAUCGAACGGCCGGCGUUCGAAGACAGCUGAAAAUGGUCUAUCCGCAGCAGAGUUUGCGGCGGCUGGAGGCAAACGUGAAGAACACGUACGACGCAUUUAAACGCGCACAGGAAGAGGGCUUCCGAUUGCGAGAGGUAAGUCGCGCGAACACCAACCAGCGGCGUUCGAACGGAACCAAACCUAAAAAGUCAACCGAAAGCCAGUACAGCAGUUCCAUGGAGGAAAGCACGUCCAGCGGUAUUGGCCGGAGCAAGUCCAGUAAGAGCAGUUCAAUUUCGGAUCACAACCAACGAACGAUAAGUGUUUCGACGAACAACUCGGAAGUGGUAGUGAUAGACGAAGCGGACAGCGAUCGCUGCGAGGAGGACACCGUGCAAAAAGAGCCGAAGCAACAACUGACCGCAGCCGAGAGCAAUAAUAACGAUGUGAACAAACUGGAAUCGGAUGCGGCCGAAGACGCAGAUGAGGAGAACGAUGAUGAAGACGAAGAAGAAGAAGAAGAAGACGAAGAAGAGGAAGUUGAUGGUGAUGAAGCAGAAGUGGAUGAAUUUUUAGUAGAUCAGAUUAUACAGGAUGUUGAAGAUGUGGUUGAAGAGGAAGUGCGACAACAGGAAAUAGAACAGCAACAGACCGAAAUGAAGCUGCGGAAAAGUAAUCCUUCGUGUAGUAGUGAAACAAGUAAUGCUACGGUCCCGUUGAUACUUGAAGAACAUAACGAACAACUGAACAGUUUUCCUGCUAUUCAAAUUGAAGAGGACGUAGAAUCGACUGAACUAGACGAAUCCUUUGAACGCGACAUUUCGUCUUGCUCGGAAGAGUCACUGUUUGCUGGCGUUCGUUCGUCGAUUGACAUCGAACAGAUCGAGUUUGGGUUCGACUUCGAGGAAGUUUACUAUUUCAGUGGGUUCGAGGAAGCCGAUAUGUUGUUCCCUACCCCACCAGUUGCCGACCUGCUCAGUUGUACAGUUAACCCCAUCCGAAAUCUGCGUAAGCGAAAACCCACACUGAUCCCCACCAUUCACCGGCCCAAACGGGUACGACAUACCGUGAACUAUGCGUACUAGGUAUUCUUCUCAAUCAAACCCUUUUUGCUCAAUCCUUGGACCAUUUUUUCCUGCAGAUCCUUAUGUUUAGUAUUUAUGCAGUAUAAAACAUAAAAUCUUUUUAUCAUUUAUUUUCCUAAACACUUAUCUCUUAAUAAAAAAAGGGAAACUCUGGUGUUAAGACAAACAAAAAAAACAAAACAAAGCAGAGAACAGACAGUUAAGUGCACUUAUUAGACUUGUUACAACUGUACAAUACAUACUAUAACAGAUCAGGCGAAAACACGUUAAAUCCCUAAAUUGUAGCUAAUGGAACGAAGCACCAAUUGAAUUUAACGAGCACAUCAUAUACCGUUGAAACACAAUCCGACAGUGAAUAAUGCAACAGAAAUUUGUGUUACAUGAUGAUACGGAUCGGAAAAAAAAGAAACAAUCAAAUUCUACUUCUCGCUAGUUAUUAUCGUAGACCGUCCCUGUUAGUAUCGAGUCCGGGUUUUUUUUCCUUAACCUUUCAUCAAUAUUCAACGAAAAAAUACUGUUGAAUGAAAUACCAGAAAUGAAAAUUUGAAGAAAAAAAAGGACUAAAACAAGUAAGUUCUCAGUCUGUUUUUCGUUAGAUUUUUAUAGUAUCCAACGAAAAAGAAACUGGACAAAAACUAGCCUGUGUUUAUGGCGACUGAUAUGUCAUAACGAAUCGAAUUCAAUUAUUUGAUUUUUUUGUGUGCUUUAGAAUUCUCAAAAAUUGCUGAUUAUUUUUAAGUUGUCUAGAAUGAUGAUCAGCUGAAUACCGCAUGUUUUAGUCAAAAUAAAUUUUAUUUUUUCUAUCCAAUACUAAAAUCCAAUAGCUCUUGCUACUUAGAAUUGUUUCGGCUUACAACACUAAAAUCCAAUUACUCCGGCUACUCAUUCGUCGAGUCAUUAUUUUCCUGAUUAUUCGACCUACGGUUUGCAAUAAUAUCGAAGCCCAUAGCUUCACUUAAACCCCAAGGAAGUAAAAACACGAUUUUACUCUAACUGAUGAUUCGAAUCUGUGUGUAUAAGAAAAGUGACGACAUCUCAUCCGUUAUGAUGGCAACAACUCAAAAAAUUUAAUGUCUGAACCAGCUUUAUGAGUGAUGAGCCAGCUCCAAUGCAAAGAAAAAUAAUCGAUUAGCGUUUUGCCGACCUAUCUAAAAUCCGACUCGUUUUAUCCACCAUCAUUUGUACUGCGUCCUAGCUUAUCCAGGAUUUUUUUCGGACGAGACAUUCGACUCAUUCUGAUCAGCCACCAUUUUGGAUUUAUCGUCAAAUUUAGCAGAGGUAGCUGGAUCAUUCCAUGAACCCUGCUGCUGCUGCUGAUAACUGAUUGAUUUCGUUUACUAUUAUUAACUCGUCUCCAUAACAUGACCGAACGAAUUGUUGAUUUCCAGGAUACUCGAUCUUGAUCCCGCCGUUCUCCAUGCACUGUACAGCGAGUGCGAGGUUUACCCCACAAGUCGACGACCUCUCCCAGGAUCUUUGCUGAGCAUCACGAAGACCAUUCUUGCUACAUGUCCAGCCCAUUGUGCCUGCCGUGUUUCAUGAGGCUUCCAAUGUCCGCAUGUUUGUAUACUUGGUACAGCUCGUGAUGCAUGCGUCUGCACUAUGCUCCUUUCUCUCUUUACCGCCGAGUAUUUAUUGGAAAAAGUCACAUGGUGUCAAAUCUCGCGAAUACAGUGGCAGAGCGAAACAUUAACCACAACAGCUAACGGGACGAUUCUUAAGCACAAUUAACAGGGCGAGCAGCAUGACGAAAAUUUUCUACGAUCCCACGACCCUCACUAAAUGCUUUAUGCCCCUCGAUAAAGUUGACUCCACAAACGCUUCUGCAACAUUUUCAAUGAUUCCGCAAAACAAAACAAGCAAGCAAACUCGUCAAUUUUUUUUCAAUAGUGAAAAUAGUCACAAAUUUUUCGUGUCGUAAACGAAAAGCUACCAAACACACUAUAAUUGACAUAUCCCGCUUAAGCUUAACAGGAAUGUCAAAGAAGGUUGUACCAACCUAGGAAAAUAAAUUAAAGGUGGGGCUUCCUCGUGCGGUUUUCAUGGAGCAAUCCGGGUUAAUUUUGAUCAGAACAUAGAAAUUCGUCAAAAUCCUCGUAUUGUACUCCAUCAAUCUCCACCUCGGAUCCAAUACCGUUUGGACUGCCUCGUUCUCUACCAGCCAUCAUGUGCUUUAUCGUGGUAGAGUUUAUCGUCAACCCUAUUCUCGCAGCUUCUUUCUUGAAGGGCACAGAAGACUCUUCCACAGCUGUACGAUCCACACCAAUAAUAUCAAUGUCGUCCGUAAAACCAAAAAGCAUGUGAGACUUAUUGGUUAUGGUUCCGUUUCUCUGCACACCGGAUCUUCGUAUCGCAUUUUCGAGCGCUGUAUCGAACAUCAAACAAUAAAUACUACUAACUAAACUAUCUUUCCUAGAAUCAUCGGAAUCGGAAAGCCUUUUCAUUCUAACGCCGGUAAAGUCGCUGAAAGUCAUACUAUCACAAUGUGUAUGAAGUUUACCUACCCUUUCGCAGACCCUGUCAGCUUGGAGCGAUCUCAAUCUUCAGUUCAGCAACGCCAUCGCACGGCAUCACAUUCAACAUAUCAUGUCAAUCGUAUGGGUGCGCAACCCUGCUAUUUUGGCGCGCACGAAUUUGACAUUUCUCUCCCCUACUUCUAUGUAUGAGAUUCGAUGCGGACUCACCUGAGGGCGACAUGUUCGCAAAAAAGGAUGUUGCCAAUGAUUUGUUCGGGAAAUGUGAGAGCUGCAUAUCUUGUUAAUAUGAUGUCUUUGCCUUUCGUCUAAUUCUGUAUUCUCGAUCGUAAACGCUAUACGAUCAAACCCCACUCUAGGAGCAAUAAAGCCUUUGUCAACAAUGGCUUCAAGGCGAGCCUCAUGGAAAGGUGCAUCUGCGUUUAUCUUCAACUGACUUUCAGAGAGCCAAAAAUAAUCAACAUUUCUGGGGACAGGUGAUAAGUCGAUGCCUUCCACGCAGCUUGCGUGGGUAUAGCCAAGCAUCCUCCUCUAUAAUCGAAACAAAAAAAAUCAGCAUUUCCAAACCAUUCGAUAACCUUUGGAGAAGACACACAUACUACUUACCUCUAAAAUACCAGAAGCAAACAUUUCCGAUGAAAUAGCUUUGGACGAAUGUUCUUCUAAUUGAGAGUGUGGGAAUUCAGCAGUGCUUCCAGUUUAACAUCACUGUUGCUAGAUCAACGGAGGACCGUGAUGUGAGCAAAAAGUUUCCACUAUCUAGUCUGCAUAUAUUUAUUUAAAAGAUAUUUUUAUACAGGCCUAUUUGCUUACAAGCUUUUUUUUGUAUUGAAUCUCGUUGUCACCCCUUUUCUAGGGGAAGAGGAGCUUCCAUUUUCCUCCUGCGAGGAUUGAGGGGCACUUUGUUCGUGGAUCGCUUCGUCAUCCAUUGCCGCAUCGGUGGUAUUGUUCGCAGUCUUGAGUUCGUUGCUAGUUGCUGUAGAUGCGCCUUGUUGUACAUUGGUUGUAGUUGCAGUUGGUUGGAGGGUAAGUUGUUAACUGCAGCUGGUGUACUUUGUUCUAUAGAGGAUACUGAUAGUUUCGUUGAAGGAGAUGCUUCAUUGUUGUUGGUGGCUGUCACAGGUGUACUGGGGUUGCUUGGGGUUGGUGUGAAUGAAGUGCCGUUGUCCUUUGGUGUAGUUGUCUCCUUGUCCAGUUUAUCACAUGGCUUACCGUACUGAACAGCUUUUUGGCAAUACUGACAUGUACCAGGUCAUAGGUAACAAGUGAUUUGCACGGGAUUCUUGUAUCCUGACCGAAAGUCACAUAAGAAGGUAUAGGCCUCUUCAAGCGCAUGCGUAACAAACGUACGCCAUUCAGAAUACCGGAGAAAAAGUUCUUCCACUUUUCUUCUUCGAAAUAAAGAAUCUCUCCGUAUUGGGAUAUAGUUUUGCGAAUAUAAGGAUCGAUGACGCUUGAGGGAAGAUCAUGCACACGCACUUCUAUAGCACUAUCUUCCAUAUAUACUGGAAUGUUGUACUUAAUGUUCUCGUGCUCCACAUAAUGCACAUUGUUAUUGUCUUUUGCGAGUUGAAUUGCAUCCAACUCCUUAUAAAACGGGAUGUAAACAACAUUAUUCGUCUUAUUGCAUUGAAGUAAAUGCACACAUUUAAUGUCAAGAUGCAUUUGCUUCUUAAGCAAACCUUCAAGUUCUCGUAUCGAAGGUUGAAUUUUGCACUGCCUGAAGUCAACAACAAUUGUAUUGUUUCGUGUCGGCCGUAGCUUUUUUUUGUUUGGUUCACUCAUUUCGAGGUCGUUCUAUUGUUCACUACACAAUACUGUACUUGGUUUCUUCCGUCCCGAACGUAAGCGGUUCUGUUUUAUCGACUGACUUGGAUGAGAUGAGAAAGCGAACGAAAGUCUGCAUAUUUGUCUAUGAUAAAAUCUUGAUCGUUUCAUCAUAAAUAAAUAAACAUAGAUUCCCCAGUGUAAAAGUAAUGUAGUUGAGCAACCCGUGACACCAAAAGCGCCGUCUAGAGAAGAAUUGGUACGUAAAUGCUCCUAAAAUGCAUGUAUAAACUUGCCUGCCCAUUUAACACAACCACAGUAGCUAAUAGAAAAAAAGUACACCCGUUUCUCACUACAAUGGGAAAUCUAUGUUUAUUUGAUUUAUGGUUUCAUGCAAAGCAGGCUCCUGGGAUCGAAAUGUAAGAGGUAUUGUUUUGUGAAAUCUUGAGUAACCAGAGUUUGUUUGAAAUGAAAUGAGUAAACGACUUGUCAAACACAAUAUAAAACUAACUAAAGUGUCAACAAUUCGGAUUUAAUGUUUUAAAUAGUUGCGUCAACAUUACGGAUGAAAUGUCGACACUCUGGUUUUAGGCACUCUAGUAAAGAUGUUUGUUUUUGGUUUUUAUCAAUUUUUUAUUCUGGAAGAAUGAAUAUUUCAAAAAUAAUACAUACAUGGAAUGAGACCAAAGAAAAUAUUUUUCAGUAUAAUCUCCAUCUAGAGCGAUACACUUGACCCAUCAGUCCUCCAACAUUUUGAUGCCCUUUGAAAAAAAAAAGAUUUGUCAAGGCCUUCACAAUAGGCUUUCGUUUCUGCAAUGACCUCUGCAUUCGACGAAAAAUUAUUUUCCUGGAGAAAUCUUUUCAGGUUUGAAAAUAUAUAAUAGUCGCCGGGGGGCAGGUCUGGAGAAUACGGGGGAUGGUGGACCAAUCCGUACCGCAAAUCGUUCAAUUUCACCGUUGCUUUUGUGCAUGAAUGCGCUGAUGUGUCUUUUUCCAUAGCUUGAUGAAAACUAGAACAGUUGCUAUUCAAACACUAGUGGAUAGAUUGUCGUGACAUUUGAUAUUGGGCCUCUGUACUGCGACAUUCCGUUUCGAACGUAAUCUUCGAUAGCGCUCAAAGGAAGAUCAUGCACAUCAGUGGCAUACCGAGGAAAUUUUGCGCCCGGGGAAAUAUAAGAGAUUUUCCGCCCCCAUUGUUGCACAAUCCUCCUCAUACACCAGUAUGUUAAACGUGAUGUGUUUAUGCUCAACACUGUGUCUAUUGUUGUGUUCAUUUGAAUCUCACGCGCCUUCAUUCACUAAAUCGAGAUACAUUCUUUCUCUAAGCAACAUUUCAAUUUCUAGUUGAACGGGACACUGCUUAAAAACAAUAACCUAGUCAAUGAAUUCCGAAUCUGAUUGAAUAACCGAUUCCGACCUAAAUCGGUACGGAAUCAGUUGUUGCAUCUAAUUCGGAAUCCGUUUGAAAAUCAAACUGAAUUUCGUGAUGCCUGUUCCUUUUGUCCGUUAGUUUUGCUCAUCUCGAAAUAAAUUCUUUAUACACAACACUUUAUUGUUCGUUGAUUCUGUCGUCCCCGCUGUAAGCCGCGCAAUAUUUCGUGUCGACUGAGGCGGAAGAGGUGCCAAAGCGAACUGAGCUAUUCUUUUGCAAAACAAUCGAAAUGAUUAGUUUCUUUUUUUUGUUAAACAACAUGACGAUUAUGAUUACAAUGUGUUGAACUAUGACCAUUAAGGGUCAAUCCGCAUAGGACCGAUCCGGCACCGACUCCGAUUUUUUCAUUGAAACGUCUCAGAUAGAAGAGUUUAGACACGAAAACGCACUACUUUAUCUCGACACUAACGUUUCCACAGUUGGGACGGUCUAGCACUUGUAAACUUUACGUACUAGGUUUGAUUAAAAAUGUUAAUCCUCAACACCCGAAUAUCCCAUCAAUGUUCGUUCGAUUUCAAAACUGUGUUCCUCCCAAACAAAACAAAAAAAAUCAUCGUAUUACUGAAUACAAAUUUUGUGUCAACUAACGCUAAUUAAUCAUAGAUCUAGGUCUGGAGAACUAGAACAAAAUUAGUGGAGCCUUUCGGAAGGAAUAUGCCUUAAUCCAUAUCAGUCAGGAAAACGAUCCGUGCUGAGUCACGAAACGUAAAUAUUCAUGUCGCAGGAAAAACACCUACAAGCAAAAUCAUGAAAAGAUUAAAAGAAAGUAGCAAAUUUCGUUAACAAUAUUGCAGGUCGUAAAUGUGUGCUUGCAAGUUGAUAGAUCGUACAACUGAUUACGGUAUCAUCUCUCGUUCAUCGUUCAAAACGUUAGAUAUAACAACAGCAAUAAACGGUUAUCAAUCCUUGAAAUUGGAAGGACCAUGGAGAUAUACUGUGAUCGGUGAAAUGUAAAUAUGUAUACAAAAUGAACCUGUAAACGAGGAAGCUAGAACCGGAUUGUGGGCAUAACCAAUAGCGCCUCGUAAAGAAUUUAAUCUAAGCAAGAUUGUGAGUGUUCGUUUGUGUGCGUGCCGUAUGUGUGAGAGUGAAAAUAACCAAUGCAAAUGAAAAUAUUUAAGCAUAACCUCCUAACUGUACACCGAACAGCAAAAUUGACAAAACAACUGUGUCUACCGAGAAAUAAAUAAACUAACAAAAAAAAACAGCUGUUACGGCGAGUUUAUCUCAUACUAUUAUUAAGAAUCACCCGAAAUCAGUACUAAUAUAAUGUACUAUAUAAAAAGAUAAUUAUCAUUUAGUGAACCAUAUUAAACCGUAAAACAAAACACAAAACAACAUUCGCAUGAUGAACUCUCGUUCCGACAGGAGUUUGAAAAUGAGAAUCGUAAGCUAGUUAGUUCAAUUGAAUAAUAAAAUGACAGGAAAAUAAUAAGUUAAGCAUAAACACACCUUCUUAGUGGAGCACUAAGCGAAAGGAAUAACAGUUUAGUUUAUAAUUCUAGCGACCAAUACGAGACAAAUUAAAUAACAUCGCGUGUAAUCAUUUUAGUCGUAUUUUAAAAUUUAAUUAGCUGAAAUGGAAAGUAACAUGGUAUAGGAAACAGAAAUAUUUGUAUAUUUAAAAUAAAAAAUUGAAUAAAAAAAAUCCCCUAGGCAAGUCAGAAUGUAAUAUUAUGGAGACCUUAAGUAAAAGAUAGAAAGAGUAAAAUCAUUUGAUAGACGCUAGAGUAAAUUAAUUGAACAAAUGUUUUUUUUUUUAUUUAGUUGAAUGCAAUUGUUUUUCUUGCUUAGUUUUAAUUGCACCAUUACUUUUGGCUCUGUUUUGUUCUUGAACUUGAAUAAGAGUAUCAAAUCGAGAGAACAAUUAUUGGAAAUGCGAAGAAAUCAUAAUAAAAAGCCAUGAAAAUAUA